UAUUAAAGAUAAUUAAUGUUAAUUCUCUGUAAUUUCUCAAGGAGGUCAAGAAGUUUGCGUAUAAAGGAAACCCAAAUUGUUGCAUUUACAUACCAAUCUCGGAAGCAUAUGAGAGUAGUAACGUCAAAACAACAUUCUUCCAAAUUUUGGUUACGUUUCUAUGAUUAAUGAAUGUUAUACCGUGAGCUAGAAUAGAACGAAUUAUCUUCCUAUUUGCACCCAUGUUAUUAUCUGAGCUAGCGGGUUAAAGAGGUACAGAAGGUAAGUCCUAAGUAUUUUGAAGAGAGAAAAAGAAGAUUUUUCACACCGACACGAACCUGAAAAAUUACUGUUAUUUUGUAAAGGGAAACAUCCACGGCAAAAUGGCGUACCUACGUUCAGUUUGUUAGGAAACCUUUACCAAAAUAACGAUAAAUUGCGAGCAAGUUAAGGAAACCGCCGCAAAUGGCACCCAAUCGGUGGGCUUCGAACCAUCAACGCCUGUAAAGAAGAGUUUCAUGCAAAUUAUACCAGCAGAGCAACGAAGAAACUUUUUAAGAAACAAGAAAAAAGAAAAUCAAAUAUUACAAUCAUUUUAUGGAAUUACGGUCCGGGUUUAAGAAAGCUGAUCGAGCAAUACAGAAAAACAAAAUGGAGGGCACACAAGCGAGUGAGGACAUCGUUUUUAGUCAAGAAAGCCAAGAAAUUUUAGAAGCAGCUCCAGUAGCCCAUAUACAAAAUAUGGAUUUGUCAAUCUUAAUGAAAGCAAUACAGGGAAUGCAACAAGAAAUGAAAACAGGACAAGAAGAAAUGAAAGCAGGACAAGCACAUCUAGAAAACAAAAUGGAAGCAGGACAAGAACAGAUUAUCAAAACUCAAGAAAAGAAUAUCGAACAGUUACGAAACGAAAUAAGAGGUCAAAAACAAGAAUGCGAACGAAGAUUUACGAUUCAUGAAAAGAAAAUUGAAGGCUUACAUCAGCAGCACGUUGGUUUCACACAGCAGGUGGACUACGAGUUCAAGAAAGUAGAACACCAGAUAGCAAAACAGGAAAAAAUAACUGAUCAGAAGAUAACUGACCUCGACAACAAAGUGGAAAGAAACACAGAAGAAAUUGAAGAGAUAAAAGAAAAAAUAAAAGAAGAAAAACCGAUUAAUACACAGAAUGCGAGUACGAUCAUUUACAAAACUGAGGGAUUAACAACAUUGAAACCAAAGAAGUUUGAUGGAAGCUUCCGAAGUGUGCACCCGGUUAAUUUUUUGAAAUCCCUAGAGAAUUAUUGGAUGAAUAUGCAUCUCAAAGAACAGAAAAUGAAUAUAAUGGAAGAUUAUUUGGAGGGAUGUGCUAAAGCGUGGACCGACCUACAUCAAAGCGAAUGGAGAAAUUUUAAAGAAUUCAAGAGAGAAUUUCUGGAACAAUUUUGGUCAACGGAGAAGCAAAAUAAAAUCCGGCAUCAACUAAAUACGCCCAGACUAUAUAAUGCAAGGAAUGGAAGUUACACGGACCAUGUGUGGUACUGGGUAUCGAAAACUGCACACCUGGAACCAAGAAUAAAGGAAGAUCAGCUAAUAGAAGCACUAGUAGAUCAUUUCCCAAGAGACAUCCAGAUGGUACUAUAUGCGGCCCAAGCAAAAACGAUCAAGAAUUUAACAGAAAUUUUAGAAAAAAUUCAAGAAACUAAUCGAGAUUGGAGAAGAGAUUCAAACAGGCCAGAAACAAGAGAUCAAGAUCAAAGACCUUAUCAAAACCGAAACCGAGAAAAUCAAGACAGAAGAGAAAAUAGACAACAGUAUGAAAGAAGAGAUCAAAACCGAAAUAAUUAUCAACAAGACAAUAGAAGAGAGGCCAACCCAGUGAAUUAUAGAAGAGGAAAUUAUGGAGCAUACAGCAGAAGUUAUGAUGACCGUAGGCAACAUGAAGGAGCUGUAGAUAAUCAGCCAAGAAGAAACAACCAGGGAAACUAGAUGCUACUGGACAAGGAGCUCCACUUGGCCAGCAGCAACAACAGCAGGAGCAGCAACAAUUAAUUAAUUUUAUAAAAGUAUAUUAUAACCAAUGCAAAGCCAAUACAACACCCAAAGAAAAUCAUUUACCAAAUAAUCAAGAAAUUACCAGUGAAGAUGACGAUUCAGAAAUAGAAGAA